UGCUAUUUUAGUUGUUUCAGCUGUCGCUGGUGAAUCUGAAGCUGGUGAAUCUGAAGCUGGUAUAUCUACAGACGGUCAAACCAGAGAACACGCUUUACUAGCAUAGACCAUGGGUGUUAAACAAUUAAUAGUUGCGGUGAACAAGGUGGAUAGUGCUUACUGGAGUGAAAAAAGAUUCUAUCAAGUUAUCAAAGAGACUUACGAUUUUGUCAAGAAAGUUGGUUACAAUCCUAAAUCUGUAGCUUUUCUUCCAAUAUCUGGUUGGAAUGGUGACAACAUGCUUGAGUCUUCCUCAAACUCUUCAUGGCAUGAAGGUUGGGCUGUGGGGAUUGGAAAUGGUGUACUUCGUGGUAAGACGUUGGUACAAGCUAUUGACUCGAUUCAAUUGCCAAAAAGACCAAAAAAUAAACCAUUACAUUUACCAUUGCAAGACGUCUACACGAUCGGUGGUAUUGGAACUGUGCCAGUUGGUAGAGUUGAAACUGGUGUGAUAAAGCCUGGUCAAGUUGUUACAUUUGCUCCUCUCGAUAUCACCGGUGAAGGCAAGUCAGUUGAAAUGCAUCACGAAUCAUUAUCCGAGGGCCUUCCUGCUCACAAUCUUGGCUUUAAUGUUAAAAACGUCUCUGUCAAAGAUAUCACAAGAGGCUACGUGUGUGGUGAUGUCAAAAAUGACCCACCGAAAAGUUGUGCUUCCUUUGAUGCUCAAGUUAUAUUGCUUAAUCAUCUUGGUCAAAUUGGCAUUGGCUACACUCCAGUGUUUGAUUGCCACACUACUCAUAUUGCCUGCAGAUUUGCUGAAUUAAAAAAGAAAAUUGAUAGAAGAACUGGUAAAGCAGCCAAAAUAAAUCCAAAAUUCCUCAGAAAUAAUGAAAGUGUUAUUGUUAAAUUAGUUCCAAUCAAACCAAUGUGUGUUGAGAGCUUCAACGAGUAUCCACCAUUAGGCCGAUUUACUAUCAGAGAUAUGAAACAAACUGUUGCUGCUGGUGUUAUUAAAAGUGUUGAAAAGAUUAAAUAAUACGUUUGAGUAAAACAUAUAUAUCGCUAAUUCUUCUAAUUCAUGAAUAUAAUAAAGUGUUGGAAUCACUUUGUGAAUUGUGGCGGUGUU